AUGGCUAUGGCCGCGCGGCCACAGACGCCCGUGCAGGAUGCGUACUCGAUCCCGACUCAUGAUCCGGGUGUUUCGAGUCGCGGAUACGGUCUACGCACCUCCUCUCGACCUAAUUCCUACGCUGGCACUGGUUCCGCCUUCCACUACAACCACGGCACCCCCGAGCAGUCAUCACAGAUCCCCUAUAACCCCCGGUUUAAAGAAGAACUCGACACCAUUAGCCACCGCAGCUCCAUCGCGCUGGAUCGCCCGUCCGUCAUUCAGCGGUCCGCCUCAACGGCCUCCCAGGCCCGUUCAGUUACCCCUUCUCGGCAAGGGACCUUGCGCAAAAAGGCAUCCCUGAGCAAGAAGGGUAGCUUGCGACGCAAUGGUAGUCGGCGAUCCUUGGGCGCGGGGAGUGUGAAGAGUCUCAGCCUCGGCGACCACGAGAAGUACCCUGAUGGAACGGAAGAUGUAAAUAGCGUUUUUAUGGUUCCUAUCCCAACGAGCGGCAACCCAACUGAGGUGUUAUCUACACGUUUUCAAGCUUGGCGCAAGAUCCUGAAAGACUUGAUCCUAUUCUUUAAAGAAGUACAGAAAUCCUACGAGACCCGAUCUAAGCUCUUCCUAUCCGCCUCGAACAUCAUCAACAACCAGACUAUCCCCUCUGCUUUCCUGCAGUCAGGUGGCCUCGCCGAUGCGACGGAGAUACUGCGCGAUUUCCACCGCCAAGGUUAUACAGAAGCCAACAAGGCUGUGGAGGUGGAGGUUGAAGUGAUUAGCCAAUUGACUGGUCUCCGAAGCGAUCUACAGAAAAAGACAAAGGAGAUCAAGAGCUUGUCCGGUGAUUUCAAAAACACCGUUGACAAGGAGAUUGACGGGACGCGCAAGGCCGUUCGCAACCUGCAAGAAUCACUGGGCUUUGUCGAUACCGACCCGUCUGCAACGGCAGGGAAAGGCGAUCCGUUCCUGAUGCGCCUGAAUGUGGAGCGCCAGGUCGAAAAGCAGAUCGAGGAGGAGAAUUACUUGCACCGGGCAUACCUGAACUUGGAGAACUCGGGCCGCGAGCUCGAGUCGAUCGUGGUCAGCGAGAUUCAGAAAGCUUACAACGCUUAUGCCAGUAUCCUCAAGCGCGAGGCGGAUGAAGCCUAUGAUACCGUUGAAAAGCUCCGCGUGGGCCCGAUCUCCAUGCCCCAGGACCACGAGUGGAAUGCAUUUGUCGCCAAUACUGACGAACUAGUCGAUCCUCGGAUCCCUCCGCGGAACGUAGAGUCCAUCACCUACUCUGGUAAGGAUCACCCUGCGGCGGCCGAAGUACGAGCUGGUAUGCUGGAACGCAAGAGCAAGUACCUGAAGAGCUACACCCCGGGCUGGUAUGUCUUGUCCCCGACUCACCUACACGAGUUCAAGUCAGCGGACCGGGUAGCGUGGCAGACUCCAGUCAUGUCCCUUUACCUGCCUGAGCAGAAGUUGGGCUCGCAUUCAAAUGAAGAUUCGAGCUCCCACAAGUUCAUGCUCAAGGGCCGCCAGACUGGUGCCAUGCACCGAGGCCACUCUUGGGUGUUCCGCGCAGAGUCUCACGAAACUAUGAUGUCAUGGUAUGAGGACAUCGAGAACCUGAUCAACAAGACCGGUGAGGCACGGGACGCCUUUGUCCGACAUGCCUCCGUUCGGCGCCACGUGCGUAGCGUCAGCGGUAUGUCGAACCACGACGUAUUGGAGGAUGAUGAGGCCGACCAGACCCCUUACUCUGCCGAAUCGGUGGUCUUAGCCCACGGACAACAAGAGCGACCCACGACGGCCACUCGACUAGCUGGCGGCACCUUUCCCAGCGAUGUCCAGAUCGACCGUAAUAUGCAGGAACCACUCUCCCCCUCCAGCGGGGCCAGCUCAGGCGGCCGGGACAUGAUUGCCGCCGCCGCGGUAUACCCGGACCAACAUGCCAAAGCCAGCAACUCGCAAUUCUACGAGCAGAACGGUGCCGCCGAUAGUCGGUCUCAACGCAUGGCAAGCCAGAGCCCUGCAGACCAAUCUCGGAACCGAAUGAGCCGACAUGAUAGCUACUAUGGUCAAUGGAUGGGGCCCGCUGCCAUUGUUACCAAACAGAAUCAACAACCCGAGUCCACAUUUGAUGAUCGGGAGAUCCGAUCUGACGGGGACCAUGCCUCGGUAGCUGCGAUGUCUGGCGUCAUUGGCGUCGAGCGCCGUGAGGCCUCAGCUCCUCCCAAUGUUGCUCGUCGUGAGAGCGUGUCCACCGCACCGACCAACACCAACCAAACCGAUUACACCAAUAACACCCUGGCCACCUCCGUUGAUGAGGCUCCGGUGUCUGGCGAUGUCGGCAUUGUCGGCACUGUUCCCCUCGAGGAUGGUUUCACCAACAAAGGCACUGACCUGUACCGUCCCAAGCAGGAAAGAAUGGAUAGCGUCAUGGCCCUUGACAUGAAAAUUCCCGGCCGCUACCCUCCGACCAAUGUGGCUGCAUGA